AUGGCAUGCGAGCCGUCGUCGCCGCCGCCGCUCCCGAAGAAGCAGAAAUCGCCAGCGGCCGCUCCGACCACCAUAUGCGCCCUCGGCGACGACCUGCUGCGGGAGAUAUUCCUCCGCCUGCCGUCCCUCCCCACCCUCGUCCGCGCCGCCCUCACCAGCCGGGCCUCUCUCGGCGCCGUCCGCUCAUCCCCCGCCUUCCGCCGCCGCUUCCGUGAGCUCCACUCGGCCCCGCUCCUCGGCGUGUUCCUCGACGUCUUCGAGUCCGACACGCCCGCUUUCCGCCCGCUCCGCCUGCACUCCGACCCGGACCUUGCCGCAGCCGUCCGCGGCGGCGAUUUCCUCCUCACCCGCCUCCCCGACGAGAUCGACGGCGUCGCCCCCGAGUGGGUAAUCCAGGGCUGCCACGACGGGCGCGUCGUCCUCGUCAGCUACAGCACCGGGCACAUGGCCGUCUACGACCCCCUCGCACGAGCCCUGGAUCUCUUCCCCAGGCCGCCCGGCGAGAUCUGCGAAGACAUGUACGUCGAGUACCACGUCCUCCCCUCCGACGAAGACCGCGGCCCGUUCCGCGUCAUCUGCGUCUGCCACGAAGCUUGCGGGGCGCAAGCCGCCGUCCUCUCAUCAGAGACCGGGGAGUGGCAGAUCUUCCCGUUUCUGGAGGCCGCAGCCAUGCAGCCUGCCUUGCAGCCUGGGAACGACAACGAGAAGUGCUCUGGCAACGGGACGCUGGUGAAUGGGUGUAUCUAUUGGACAGACGGGAGCCGAGCCCUUGCCCGCGUGCUGAACACCUCGACAGUGCAGUUCUCCCGAAUCGACCUGCCUCCGCACAUCGAAGGGCAAGGAGCGUUCACGGCUGGCGAGACCAAGGACGGGAGGCUCUGCAUCAUCAGCACUGUCAAGCUCACACUUGUUGUUUGGUUCCGGAGAACCGACGAUGAUGGUGUCGAGAGAUGGACACAGCACAAGACAUUUCCGUUAGAGCAGGACAUCCAUGCGCACGAUCACUGUUUCGACAAUGAUCAUAUCGCGCUGAAGGUUCUGGCGAUCGUCAAUGGCUUUGUGUACUUGUCUACUUACUGUGAGCCGGAUCGCGAUUUCCCUGGUUUGUUCCUGUCCUUCUGCCUCGAAACAGCAAAGCUGAAUAAGCUCUGCACCAUCAUUUACCCUGAAAGUUUGUAUCCCUACAUCAUGGCGUGGUCUCCUUCUCUGCUGCUCAACGAGCCCACCAGAAACUACUGA